UUGGUGUCCGGCUUCUUCUCGGGUCAGGAGGCAUGCCACUGAUGCCAGACACUCUGGCAAAUUUUAAAUCUUGUACUAUUUUCGUCUCACUUAAUACUCUGCUAGUCACGCUAGCAUACCGGCACAUGGUUGAGGAUAAAAUGAACAUACCCAAGAUCGGUGUGGGGGGCUUUAUUGUUUCCAAAAAUGUUUCUUCAUCACAGCAUGUCGUAUCGGAAAAGAGGAUUCAGUGGUAUUUAUGGCAUAGUACGUAGUACGUGACUACAGCACAACCAUGUACAAGGAUCUCGACCCUCCUAGGAUUUCGAAACACCAACAGCUGGAGGGUAAGUUCUCUUGUCCAUUUAUAUAUCACGUCUUCUCCCUUAAAUGUACUUUUUCUUCACUUGCUAUACAUUAUUAUCUCUAGCCCUUUAAAAACACUAUUCAACAUUGUCUUCACACCGAGCCAAAUAUCGAGAGGCAGUAGCUUCAAGUGUCACUAUAGCCACGAGAUCUUUACUGCAAGACCUUGUUGGCAGCUCAUAUACCAUACGCCGGCCCAUCUCUCUGCAUCAAGAUGUGUUUAGGGAUGACUUGCUGUACCGAUAUAUCAUCACCUUCAGCUGGCUUUCCUACUUCCUUUCUUCUAUUCGCAAAGCUACCCGCUGAGCUCCGUCUUCAAAUCUGGAACUACGCGAUCUUACUCACCUCUCCAUAUAUUGAUCUAUCCUGGUCAUCCAAAAAUCGUUUCAUUUCUGAUCGAAAACCUCCUUCUUUGCUUCAUACCUCAAGCGAGUCCCGUGCAAUAGCACUUGCUUAUUGGACUUUCGCAUCUCCCACUUUUUCUCACACCUGUAUCAAUUAUGAUCGAGACUUGUUGUGUUUCAACUGGCCAUCUAUGGGAUCCAUCCCUGGUCGCCUUGGUGGAAAAAUCACGGAAGAUGAAUGCAGGAAGAUAAAAAGGAUUCUCAUACACGAGCACUACCUGAUCCCGCACGUGUUUGAUAAUCUACGAGAAUUCAAGAGAUUUGAAGGGUUGGAAGAAUUAGCAGUCGCAUGCCAUCAUGAUAAAGAUAAAAUAGUGGACAUGAGGAGGUACGGGUAUAUGUUUGCACAAAUGUGUUUCGAAAAGGUAGAAGAAGUUGGACGUGGUUGGCCAACACAUUGGCCGAGGCUAGUUUGUCUAGCAGAAGGGACAGGGCAGUGCUCCAAACAUUGGUGGUUUGACAGGUGGAAUGAUAGAGCGGUGUCUAGAUCGGAUCGAAAUUGGCAAGAGAAAAUGGCGAUGCUUGUAAGGGUAACGGCCAGGAAUGAUAUUGACCCUGAGGUGUUUCAUUACAAUUCACAGUUUUUACGCCUGGUCAUGGGAACGUAGAGAAAAGCAUUGCUUUGUCUCAUUUGCUGUAGUUGGAUUUGGCACGCUGACGUAUUGAGUACAAAUCCAAAGUCAAAAUAUGUAGUUUAUAGAAUCGUCAUUUUGCAUCGAUUGU